ACAUAUACACAUACAUAUUUAUGGAACAAGGAGGUCGUGGUGGUGGUGGAGGUGAGCAAGGAAAGUACCGGGGAGUUCGAAGACGGCCUUGGGGAAAAUACGCGGCGGAGAUACGCGAUUCGAGGAAGCAUGGUGAACGUGUAUGGCUUGGAACGUUUGAUACUGCGGAGGAAGCAGCUAGAGCCUAUGAUCAAGCCGCCUACUCCAUGAGAGGCCAAGCCGCGAUUCUAAAUUUCCCUCAUGAGUAUAAUAUGGGUAGUGGUGGUGCGGCCACAGCGGCUGGAUCUUCGUCCUCCUCCUCCGCUUCUUCUUCUAGGCAAGUUUUUGAAUUUGAGUAUUUGGAUAAUAGUGUUUUGGAGGAACUUCUCGAGGAUGGAGAGAAUCCCAACAAGAACAAUAUUAACAAGGGAAAGAAGAAGUGAGUGAAAUAUUAUUCGUCAUUACUUAUCACAAAACCAACAACGUUUAUGAUAUAAUUAGUAUAUACAAAUAAACUACAUGCAAUAUAUGACCAUGAUUGGAGCAUAAGGAACCCAUAUUUUUCGAUUGAAAGCGACCGAAUGGUGGUGACCUAUUUUACUUUUCGAGAAUAUGUAUGAUGAUUUGAAAAGAAUGACAAACUAUACGAAAUCAUCCUUUGAUGUUUGUUUUGAAUGCAAACUAUAUGAUCUGAUAUGGCUCAGAUCGUGAUGAUAAAU